UCAUCCCGGCUUUCCAAGAAAAUAAAUAUUGGAAAUUGCAAAUUAAUUCUGUACUUUAUCGUAAUUUUAGAAAAUAUGAUUAAUUAUUGCAACCUGUACAGUUGAUAAUUAAAAAUAAACAUUUCUCUAGCAGAAAAAUCACAAUGGUGCGAUCCAAAUACAGAUACAUCACGAUCAAAGUCAUUUUAACCAAGAAGAAUAGAAAUAUCUGCGAUGGAAGUUUCAAAAAUGCCGAUUUAUAUAAAACUGUGUUGUCAAAAGUGCAAAAGCUUCAUGGAGAUUAUGGAUUAGCUGCAGUGAAAACAGGAUUUUUAUGUAAAUAUUGUAACGAAAGUACCGGAGUGGCUAUUUUGAAAAUGAGACAUGGUCCUCAUAGAUUCGUAUGUACAGUAAUACCAUUAAUUACAGAAUUAGGAAAAGAACCAGUUCAAUUACAGACUAUUCGAAUCACUGCAACUUUACAUCAAGCUUUCAUUCAUCUAAAAAUUCAUCAAGAAAAAGAACUCGAAAAGAUAUGGAAUUGUGUAAAAGACGAAGACAAAACGCAAACCAAAGCACAGUAUCGUAAUUUAUCAUCUAUCGAAGAACUUCUCCUCAGUGAAAAACAAAGAAGCAGUUCUCAAUAAUAUCGAUCAUUCGUGUUUACCAUAAAUUACCUAAUUAUUUUUAGACUGAAACCAAUUAUAAAUAAAUCUAAUUUUUCAAUA